UUUUAUUUUCCCUGUCUUGUUUUGUUACUACUGUUGUGUCCGAUGUUGUGUCCAAGGCAGGCCAGGAAGCUUAACUUACAGGGUUUAGCUCCGCGGACUGCAGGCCUCUGCGUGCAUGUGGCAGGCGAGCGAGCCCCUGGCUCAGCACCGUGACACCGCAGGGACCCAGGCCGGUGGUUAGGAUGGGAAGGCUGGAACUUCAGACGAAUCUGAUGAACAUUGGCGUGGUUACUGCUUAUGCACUGCUGUUUCUGCCCCUACAAAAGGUGUGUCGUUGGGUGAGGCGAGCCCCGCAGGAAAUCUGAGUGUGUUCCGGAGCCACCCGGGACCCAGGGAAGUUAUGGAGGGACCCGCGUGGAGGUCCAUUGCUGGGACAGCCCUGCAGGCAGCGCAGGCUCUGGACAGAGUCUGAUUCUGGAAGCAGGCCAGUUCUGCUGGCCAGGCUGGUCCUGGAGGCCAGGAUGGUUCUACAAGUUGUUUGUGGAAGACGAUUCUGCAAGCAGAUGGCCGGGUCGGAAGCAAGGUUCUGGAAGCGAGUUCUGCCGGCGUGACAGUGGACCGCGCAGACGACACCCGGCCUGGGGCAGGGCCGAGCCUGCGUCUGCGAGCGAAGAGAGCGGGCAUUGACGAAGGACUCGCACCAGCGCUCGCUCUAACACACCCGUUAAAAACCCCAUUGCGAACAUUUCUUCGGACAAGCUCCUGGGAGGGCCCUGUUGCCUGGGGGGGUGGGACCCAACGGCGCGGUGCAAGCUCGUGGAGUCGGCUCACGGAGCCGAGCACGCAAGCGCCGGGAAGGUCGGGCUGGCUGCGUUUGGGAGUUGCUUUUUUCCCUUUUUCUCUAACUUUCUUUUUUCUGUAACUUCUCCGCACGCUGAGCGGACGCCGCGGCGCAUGCGCAGUCUGCGCCCCGCCCGGCCGCGCGGCGUCGGGCCGGGCGGUUGCCAGGGACGACCGCAUUCCCUUGGGACUCCUCGGUCGCGUGGGCGGGGCCUGGCCGACCCAAGCCCGCCUUCCUCGCGCUCUGGUUGGCUCCGGCUGCUGUUCGUUGGAGCCGUCGCGGCCGCCGAUUGGGCAAAGGCAAGUUUCGCACGCUCGGCUCGGCGCCACGCCCCUUCAGCCGGCCCGCGGCCGCCACCCGGGAGAGAACAGCGGGGGACCCGGCGCGGCGCCCGGGAGGGACCUGCGUCGGCCUCGGCUUCGAGGCGGGCACGGCCCGAGCGGCGGGCGGCGAUGAUCCCCGAGGAGAGGCCGGACGGCCCGGGAGCCGGCGAGGAGAGCGCGAGGCUGCAGGAGGCAGGCAGCGUUCGCAAGGGCUCUGACCCCCUGGCCCAGACACCACGUGGCCACCCGCAGAGCCGCAGGGCCCGGGUCCACCAGCAGAUCACCAAGGAGCUGCGGAUGCGAACGGGUGCUGAGAACCUCUAUAGAGCCACCAGCAACGCCUGGGUCAGGGAGACAGUGGCCCUGGAGCUGAGCUACGUCAACUCCAGCCUGCAGUUGCUGAAGGAGGAGCUGGAGGAGCUCAACGGCAGCAGCGUGGAGGCUGACCGGCCCGAGGGCGAAGGUAUCACUGUCCCUAUGAUCCCCCUGGGGCUGAAGGAGACCAAGGAGCUGGACUGGUCCACACCACUGAAGGAGCUGAUCUCUGGGCACUUUGGAGAGGACAGUGCCUCCUAUGAGGCCGAAAUCAAGGAGCUGGGAGACCUGCGGCAGGCCAUUCGGACCCCCAGCCGGAGUGAGGCGGGCCUGGAACUGCUCAUGGCCUACUACACCCAGCUCUGCUUCCUGGACGCGCGCUUCGUCGCCCCUCCCGGGAACCUCGGGCUACUCUUCCACUGGUACGACUCGCUCACGGGCGUCCCGGCCCAGCAGCGGGCCCUGGCCUUCGAGAAGGGCAGCGUGCUUUUCAACAUCGGGGCCCUCCACACCCAGAUCGGGGCUCGCCAGGACCGCUCCUGCCCCGAGGGCACCAGGCGCGCCGUGGAGGCCUUUCAGAAGGCUGCUGGGGCCUUCAGCCUCCUGAGGGAGAACUUUUCCCGAGCACCCAGCCCUGACAUGAGCCCGGCCUCGCUCUCCAUGCUGGAGGGACUCAUGACUGCCCAGGCCCAAGAGUGCAUCUUUGAGGGUCUCUUGCUGCCGUCUCCUGAAGCCCCCCAGGAUUGCCUGGCCCAGCUACGCCUGGCUCAGGAGGCAGCCCAGGUGGCAGCUGAGUACAGGCAGGUGCACCGGACCAUGACCCAGCCACCUGUCCGAGACUACGUGCCCUUCCCCUGGACCACCCUGGUGCACGUCAAGGCGGAGUACUUCUGCGCCCUGGCCCACUACCACGCGGCCGUGGCCCUCUGCGACAGCCCCCGUGAGUGCCCUGGCCCGCCCGUGCUGGCACAGGCCCUGGCGUGGAGGGGCUCACGGCCCUCUCUGACCCCAGCAGCAGCCGAGGAGGACUCCCCAGUGCUACCGCAGGCCUUCCUUGGGCCCCCGGCCACGUCGGAGGCGCGGGGCGCCGUGCUGCCUCAGGAGCAGGAGGAGCGCAGGAAUCUGGGCAAGGCCCACCUGAAGCGCAGCAUCCUGGGCCAGGAGGAGGCGCUGCGGCUGCAUGCCGUGUGCCGGGCCCUGCGCAGGGUGGACCUGCUGCAGGCUGUGCUGGCCCAGGCGCUGCAGCGUUCGCUGGCCAAGUACUCGGAGCUCGACCGCGAGGACGACUUCUUGGAGACCGCUGAGGCUCCUGACAUCCAGCCUAAAACACAGCAGAAGCCAGAGAUCAGGGCGCCCAGCUUCUCCAGGGUGAAGGUGACCGAUAUCUUCCAGCGGCUGGGGCCCCUGUCAGUGUUUUCGGCCAAGAACCACUGGCGGCUGGCCGGGCCUGUGCGCGUGACCCGCGGAGAGGCCGGCUUUGGGCUCACGCUGCGCGGAGACGCGCCUGUCCUCGUUGCCGCUGUCAUCCCCGGGGGCCCGGCCGCGGCAGCCGGCCUGCAGGAGGGCGACUACAUCGUGUCCCUGAACGGGCAGCCCUGCAAGUGGUGGAGGCACGCCGAGGUGGUGGCGCAGCUGAAGGGCGUGGGUAACGAGGGUGUGAGCCUGCAGGUGGUCACGCUGCUGCCCCGGGCGGAGCCCCCCGGCCCGGGGCACCACCGGCCAGCCCUGGGAGGGCUUCUGAGGAUCCAGAAGGAGUGUGGGUGGGGGACACCAGCUCCUGCACGAGCCAGCCCCAGGCGCUUCCUUGGCUGGAGCCGCAAGGCCAAGAGGGGCAAGACCACAGGGAGGCUGUCCCCUCAGCCCUGAGCCGCGUGCCACCCUCCCCCUCUGGGAUCCCAGCGCCCCCACACCCCCAGUACGUCCUCCUCCGUCCUGAGGCACUUUCAGGCCAGUUGGCUGCCCCCCACCCCGUGCCCAGAGCUGCCCAUUAAAGACCACGUCACAUGA